AUGGACAAGUUUGCUUUCACCCAAUUGCAGCCAGCUUUGUUGAAAAACAACGACAAAGAGUCUGGUCGUGCCGUUCAGGCUGACAUUGCAACGUAUUUGACCAAUCUACAUACACAUUUGGAGUCCGAAGAUCUGGACAGCUCGAGUUUGACGUUUGCGAUCGAACAGCUGGAUCUGUUGAUCGACCACUUCACUACCACAUUCAGUGAUGUUCCUGAAGCUCACAGUCUGUCUGCGCGGGUAAACACGCUUUUGGCGAAGACGUACACCCUGGUGUUGUCACAGAUGCUGAAGAAGGCACACGAGAAGUUCAACAUCAAAUUAAUUGAUGUUACUAAUAAAAUGGUUUAUUUAUUAGCAGACGUCAAAAAGCUUUCAAUCAAGUCGUGGUACUCUUCGCUAAAACACAUGGCAUUGGCUUUUUUACAAAUUACAUUUGCGCAAUUCGGCGGAUUCCUUAAUUCGUACAAAGGCCUGCUACUGACCACCAUUUAUAAAUACCUCACCAAAUGUCAUGAUAACUACAAUACCGCAAUCGAAUCCGGGAUCUUCAAGGCAAACUAUUUCACAGAUAUGGUGCUGACCUUGGAUAUCGUCUUAAGUAACGACAACAGCUCCAAUACCUUGGACGAUAAGCUAUUGGGAAGACUUUUGAAGCUUACCAAAUAUCUGACACAGAAGAACUCAUCUCAUAAAUACAUUUACCCUUUGCUCAGUGUGUCGUAUACUUACAACAUCUUGGUCCACUUGUUAAAAUCGGACAGAUAUGUACUCUCGAUCAUAGGCAAGAAAAACACUCCAUCCGUCACCAGCUACCUCACGUCGAUUACGUCUUAUUUGAACGAUUUAAUCACCGCCCUGUCCACUGAAGAUCAUAAGCUUCGGGUUGUGAUAUCCAAAAACAUAGCUGAUCUGCUCGUCUUCAAUAUCAUCGUUUUCGGUGUGAAUCUCGGUGAGGAGGAAAAAUGCUUCGAGUACACUCUAAAUUACCUGGUUGUUCAUUAUACAAAAGAAUCUCAUACUGAAGAGAUCCGCACUGGCCUUAUUGAAGCCAUAGUUCAGUUGAUGUCGAAAAUGAAUUUAUACUACACCACGAAUACCGUUCGCAUUGGUUACAAAAACGGUAUCAAUUACAUGAGCCUCAAAUUCCUCGAUACCUUGAAUAUUAUUUACUAUCACAUAUUUGGCAAAGGCAUGGCCACUAAUCAGCUGAAACUCUCAAAAGACGAUAAAUGUUUCAAAGUCACCGAUGCUUUCGAAAAUCCAAUAGAGAUCCUGAACCAAAUUGAGACUCUUUACUGCUUUUUCCUUAGAGAGGUGGACUCGGAUAUUAAUAGACUCAUCGUUCUUUCGAAAAUUAUGUACGGAAGUACAUCUGAGAUCAAGGUGGUGAAAUUUCCCUCCCUGAUUGAAACCGUCCCUGCCCCAGACCACGAUGCCGAUAAUCAAUAUUACGUGCUGUCGCUGCUCAAACUAUCUCAGUUGCUAAUUGAUCAGCUUGAUGAGUACGUUCUUUCUCAGCAGGAUGGUAUUUCAGAUUCAGUGGACUCGUUCGCAUCACAGCUAUGCAGUACAUUGUUUGAACUUUGCAAACAUAAAAGUUUCAAGAUCAGAGUUGUUGCAGUGGACUCUAUCACCAGGCUUAUCUCCAUCAAACCUGAACUUUCUUUCGAUAUAUUGAAUGAAUCACUGUCCACUCUCUUAGCCUCAUUUGACGAGGGUAAAGGAGACAUGAACUUCUUGUUCAACGAAAUGCACGGACUUGCAUUCCUGAUUGCCUCAAUCCUCUCUACUUGCCCAAAAGAGCAUAUCAAUGCCGAUUUUGUUCUUCAAGUAUUUUCCAUCUCCACCAACUUCCUGAAAAAAUUCAACUCAACCGUCAUUAUGGGUAAUCUUUUUGGAUCAGGUUCGGGAAGCUACGUUUCGAACGUCAAUUACGAGAAACAGCUUGUCAGUUGGAUCAUCCUCAUGGGCCUUUUCAAUUACGCGACCGAGAAGGAUGGCAGCUCGGGGAGUAAUUUCUUCCUUUUGGAAAGCUCGCAAUUUAUUACAAUCUGGAAAAACCUUCUCACCCAUUCCAUGCCUUCGGACUUUGUUCAGACGUCAACUGUUGAUGGACUCACCAAGAUUACGAAUUUGAGUGAGAUAAUGAAGCUGGUGGAAAUCAAAAACCAGUCAUUGGUAUGUCUUUCGAGCUAUAUCAACUAUUUGUCGUCAACUAGAUCUUCCGUUGAGAACUCAUCAAAGUCAAGCUUGCUGACACCCGAAAUUGCCUUGUCACUCAACCAGAUCGUUAAUAAGAGUUUUGUGUUUAUCUCAAACUUGAAAAUGCAGGUUUCAAACUUGACUGUGCCACCAAUACUUGAGAGAACCAUCAAGCUCCAUAAGCUUCGUGUUUAUCAAAAUCUCAUUAAGCUCCAACCAUUCCUGCCCAAAUCUGACUCGAACUCCAACCUUUUGCUGGAUGUAGUGGAGAUUGUGUGCAAGUCAGGCUUCAAGACCAAGAAAUUCAACACGUUCAAGGUUGAUGAGUUAUUAAUCAAGUCAACCACACUGCGAAAACAAAAACCAUCAAAUGAUAUCAAAACAAUUGACGAGCUACCACUUCAAUCUCUGUACACAGUUGAGUCAAAUAGAAUCAAGAGUCAUCUGGCACCGCUGACGGUGUUCGACACUGAUGGUAUCAACCGGUCGUCAUUCCUGAACGAUUAUCUGAUGUAUCUAUAUCAGGGCUCUACAUCUUUUGGGUACACUGACUUCUCGUUGUCACCUCCUGACCUCGAUACGAUGCUCGUAGAUAUUUCUGUGGAAAUUCUGGCUCUGUCGUUUGGUUUUCUAUCUAGCAGGGUGCAAAUUUCGAUUCUGGAGAACAUGCAAGAAGUUUUGUUCCCUACAUCGGGACGUGCGUCCAUCAUUGCAGUGCAAAAUAUCUGCGUCUCUAUCCAUAGCAUCGUCAGUUAUAUGCGAAACCACAGUGAAACUCUCGAGCAGACAGGUUCCCGUUCCACGAUGGAGCUUUCCAAUUCGGUAAGCGUAAUGGUAAUUGAUCUCAUGAAAAGGAUUUACGCUGAAUAUUCCGAAGCUGCUGGACUCGCAGAACUGAACUCGGACGCGAUAGGCCUUAUUUGUUCGUUGGCCGCAUCAAAGGAGAAUAUGCUGUCAGACCAGAUUGCUAUUUUCAUCAAGUCAAUUGUGGAAAAUGCAGAACCCAAUUCACGCUCGUUUGACUCGCUCACGCUGUCUAAGAUCUCGGAAUACUCCAAUCUUAUGAACAUUUCAAACAUCUUCAGCGUACUUUUGACCUUGAUGUUGGAUCCGCAUCCCCUGGUCCAUGCAUCUGCAUUAGACUCACUGACAACUGUUAUUUCCAGUCAGCGGCAGAUUGAACUCAUUGGGCCUUUGCUGACAAAUGUACUUGUGGCAAUGGAGAACGUGCUGAACUCUGACGAGUUUGGAUUUAACUCACCUGUCACUGUGUCCUCAAACCUGAAUUACCAUACAGGGCAAAACUCUGUUGUCCUGUUGGCAAGAUUGGCUCGUGUGGUGAUCAACAGCUCAGGCCCGACCAUUGGACUUUGGGAGAUUUCCCAGAAGCAAAAACUCAAGAAUAUUCUAUUCGGGCUGAUCAACCUUGAAAAGAAGGAGUUGGAGGCAAUUUCGAGAGAGCUGCUUAAGGCAUUGGAGGAACUGUUGAUUUUCGAUAAAUCACUGAUCUCUAUGGAAGCGUACCUCAAGCUCGUGAAGUUUACGAUCAUCAACAACAUCAAAGUGGGUGUCUCUGAUGGACAUUACAUUGCUAGUGAGGAGUCGAUGGAGAUAUACCCUGUCACAACUAGUGAUAUCAACUGGAGGCUCGCUUUAGAGUCUUACAAUCAGUUAUUGAAGCUAGGAAAUAGCAUUGAUUCCGAGAUGGAACAGUUCUUGUGGAUCUCUCUGGAGUAUGCUGAUAGCUCCACAGUCAAAGAGGUGUUUGAUAAUCUUUUGAAGUUUUCGUCGGUUGCAGAAAAGGUGCAGUGGUUUGAAAAACUUGUUAAGCUUUUCAACGUGAACAAACAUGUGCUCUAUGAGCCGUUGCUCUCCACUUAUAGAAAGAGAAUCAACCAUUCUGGUGCCCUUUUCAAUCCUAUGAGAUUUAGAAAGCCUGUUCCUGUCAAGUCGAAGCCCAAGUCAAAAUCAAGCACUCCUGUUCCUGCUUCCACGGUAAAGCCUGAGCAUUUGGACUUAGAGAUCGAGGAUGAGGGUGAAACGUUUGCUCGUUCUGAAGAGGAGCCGUCUGUCAAGCAUGAAGAGACUAUUGACUCCUCGAGAAACGAGUCGAAACCGGCUCUUGCGCAUGCCACUAUGGUCCAGUCGAUGGUGCUCGAAAAUGAGACAACAAAGUGGAAAUUCAAAAAAUACAUUCUUCAACUGCUCACCGUCGUUGUCUCAGGCGCAAGAAAUGACUCCAGACUGCAGAAGUAUAUCUCUACCAAGAUAUCUGAGCUUGUUGAGAUUGCAUUUAUUUGCUCAACCUCGAGCCUGAUUCAACUUCGAAUCUCCUCCUUAGAACUCAUAGGGCAUAUCAUUGACAUUUUUGGCAACAUGAGCGACCCAGUAUAUCCAGAGGUCUCUCUUCUUGGACAGCAGUCCGCUCAAAUCACGACGGCAAUUGUUCCAGCAUUCAGCAGAGACUCUAACAUCGGACUCGCUUGUACGGCUAUUGUUUUGGCCUCCAAGCUGUUGAGUAGUAAUAUUGGCCAGGUGAGUCGUAUGCACCGUAUCGUCAACGUUUUGACCACAUCUCUAGAAGAGUUUGCACGCGCAAAGGGAUCCGGCAACGAGACGUCUAAUGGAGUGCCUAAAAAUUUAAAGAUUGGUGAGGUCUCUGUUCUAACCACCAAGUCUCAAAAUAAGCUGUUGGUGUACAUUUUACAAGCCUGGUCGAGAAUCAAGGUGCAUUCUGGCGGCAACCCAGACACGAGCCAGCUGGUGGACAAAUACAUCAACAUUCUUACACCUCUCUGGUUAUAUUCCCUUCGCGAUUUUGCGAUGAUGAAAUACGGCAGUCAGUUCUUGGUCACCAAUGCCGACGACGUGGAUAUCAAUACGUAUGAACAGUGUUGGGUGGACUUUGUUGAGGUCAUUGGUGUGAUUGCAAACGAAAACUCUACGCAUCUGAACGAGUUCUUGCGCGAUGACGGAUCUAACUUUUUCUUGGUUCUUUUUGGCCAAUGCAUUGAGCAUUUGAUCAAAGUCUCAUCCAAGACAAAACAGACUGUAACGCCAUAUGAUUUCCGGGUUCUGGACGCUUUGGCAGGAAUUUUGAAACUCAAAUCGGGGUUGCAAUUGGCUUUUGAUGAUUCUAUUUUUGUCGAGUUUAUUGACCUGCUAGACAGGCUUGUUUUGAUUUCGGAUCCCUCUUUCAAGAUAAAACUACUGGAGUUGGCCUCUGGAGUAUUUGAGUCUUAUUUUAUGACCUCAUCGAGCUCCAAGAGCCCGGAAGAGCUCCAUAGUGAUGUGGACAAACUGUUUGAGCUGCUCAGAAUUAACAUGCUGGCAAUAAUCCAGAUUCUUCCAUUUAUCAGAGACAGGGAGUUGGGAAGGACUCCUCUCAGAGUAGUUGAGAGUCACGACCUAAUCGUUUUGAAAAAAGCGUUUGACCUGUCGUUGAAUAUGAUUGCAUAUCUUCCUGAAGUGAUCCAACUGGAUUUGUACACUUGUUUCCUCUUCGCAUUCACCCUUAUUUAUGAGCUGAAUAACUCAGAGAUCAUCGCAAUUCUGCUGCCCACGCUCAAAAAGAUUAUUUCGAGCAUCGCACAUGUCGACUCUAGAAACUCUGGCACGUCUCGUUUCUUCCAUUCAAUCAAGAAACAUUUGAACGUCACUAACAAAAACUCGAUUCUCACGGUUUUCAUCAUAGUCACUACAUCCGAUGAAUUGCAUUUGACAGAGGAAGAAGCAGCCAAAGUUUCAGAAUUUAUCAUUAAUGGCUUGCUUUCCGAAGAAAGCAGCUUGAAUACAAUCUCUAUACAAACGAUCAAAACGCUGAUUAAAAAUAACGAGAAGACGGGUCUCAUCCUGGAAAAACUAAUUCCUCAGCUUGUGGAUCAGGUGUACCAAUCGAAGCUGAAAGAGCCAAGACUGGUCCUCGAGAUAUUAAUUGUACUGACUAGAUCUGUCUCGUCGGAGAAAAUCGAGGGAUGCCUCAAGAUUUGCAUUCCAAUCAUUCUUUGGUUUGAUGACUUCACUUCACAAAAGUACGAAAACUACCUCCACCACAAACUUCUCGACCUCAUUCAACACUCACCAGCACACUUCAAAACAUUUGUUGGUUCGUGUUCCGGAGAUCAAAAACACAAACUCGAAAGAUUGGUGAAGCUAGCAAGCGCCCCAGAAACUGAAACAGAAACGGUAUUAGAGGAGUUCUCACACAUCCAGUUGAAAACUUUUGGUUAG